CGGGAAAGCACACGCCAGGCCUCGGUCGGGCGAGCGGCCCCUUUAAGGAAGCCAGCGCUGCGCUGAUUGGCCGAGCUUCGGCGUCGUUGUCAAGGCCAUCCAAUCCCGAGGCUCUGCAGGGCGAGUCCCGGUCCAGUCGCGGUCAAGGGGACCCCCGGGGCCUGCAGGCCUCUGCAGCGAGGACGGUCCCUCCACACCCUCGCCGCCCCCUGCCCGGUGUGGUUUCCGCUGAACACGGGGAAGUUCUUCAUCCUGCUUGGAUUCUACCUUUAGCCCUGGGGAGCAUUCUCUAACACAUCCAAACUACCAUCCAGACUCAAGAAACCGAGGUCCAAAACAGGUCAAGAUGGGGUUUAUAUUCUCAAAAUCUAUGAGUGAAAACAUGAAAAACCAACAGGAGUUUAUGCUUAUGAAUGCUCGACUCCAGCUGGAAAGGCAGCUAAUGAUGCAGAAUGAAAUGAGAGAAAGACAAAUGGCCUUGCAGAUUGCUUGGUCUCGGGAAUUCCUCAAAUAUUUUGGAACCUUUUUUGGCAUUGCAGCCAUCUCUUUAACAGCUGGAGCAAUAAGAAGGAAGAAGCCAGCCUUCCUCUUCCCUAUUAUUCCAUUAAGCUUCAUCUUCACAUACCAGUAUGACUUAGGAUAUGGAACCCUUCUACAAAGAAUGAAAGGUGAAGCUGAGAACAUACUGGAAACAGAAAAGAGUAAGUUGCAGCUGCCAAGAGGCGUGAUCACUUUUGAAAACCUUGAAAAAGCCAGAAGGGAACAGAGUAAAUUCUUCAUAGACAAAUGAAAUCAUGUUUACCCACCAAAUCUCAAAACACAUAAUUAUUAACUUGAAUCAUGGUUUUUACAAAUUUUUAGAUGAUUGAGAUUUUGAUAUAAUGGAUUUUAUUUUACAAUAUUAAAAUGCAAGAUGAGUUUUGUUAAACUAUUUUAAAAUAAAAUUUAUAACAUCAACACAAAAUCAUGGAGGUAUGCUAAAUAAGUUUCAUAUUUCCUAUAAAUGUGUGUAUUACAAAUAUCUAAAUGUAUAAUUAAUAAAUUAUAUUGUUUUGAAUUCCUGGAA